AAAGGCACACAUACAUUAAAUGUUGACUUGAGACAUAUACACUUUUCAUUUUAGGUUUCCUUCAAGAGAAGAAUAUUGAACUCUAGUAUAAAUUGGAAGCUUAAGAUACAAUUUUUCUAUAUAGUACUCAUCUUCAAGAAAACCCCUUUUUCAACUCUUGCAAAACCAAACACAAAUCUCUAUCUCAUCAUGGGACAUAAUAGAGAAGAAACCAUUGUUGUUGGGACUAACAAAAAGUUCACACAUGCCAAGCCUCAAAAACUUGCCAUAGAUAAUGGUCUCCAAAGAACAAUAUCCGAUAUCUCAUUUGAACUUAACAAAGAAGUAGCAGUAGUAGUAUCUGAUCGCGAUGAUCAUAAUAAUAAUAAUAACAUUGAGAAGAAUGUGCUUCCCCCUAUUUCAGAAGUUGAAGAUGCAAAGUGUGAAUGUUGUGGGAUGUCUGAAGAAUGUACACCUGAAUAUGUUAAGAGAGUUAGGGAGAAAUAUUCAGGGAAGUUGAUUUGUGGUUUGUGUUCUGAAGCUGUGAAGGAAGAGAUGGAAAAGAAUGGAGGUAAAAAGCUAGAAGAGGCUAUAAAUGAUCAUAUGAAUGCAUGUUCUAAGUUUAAUAGGCUUGGUAGGGCAUAUCCUGUGCUUUACCAAGCUGAGGCUAUGAGGGAAAUCUUGAAAAAUAGUAGAGCUAAGUCUCUUAGUCCUAGAGAUACUCACAAGAAAGGUGGGAUUGCUAGGAGUUCAAGUUGUAUUCCUGCCAUUACUAAAGGUAUUAAUACUCUUGAAAGUGUUGAUUGAACGUUCGUUUGCUGAUAUUAUUAUCAGUAUUCAAUACAUGAUCAUAUUAGUGCAUCUAAUAUGAGAUCAUGAGCUAUGAUUUAACAAACAUAUCGUCAGUGAGUAUAACUUAGUUAAGUCAAAUUCGCGUUCUCUUCAUCACUUUGGUAUCAAAGGGCAGCCCUCAACAUAUAGCUUUAGGAAUAUUGUUCAUAUUGUAGAUCAACUAAGUUAGGGGGCUGGUGCUUCAUAUAUAAAUAACUGCUUUUUUCUUGCUAGAAUGUUGUAAUAAUCAUUCUAGCCACUGGGAUUCUUGUAUGUACUUCUUUAUGUUCUUAAAUUAAUUAAUCUUAAUGGUCUA